AUCGUGUUCCAAAUCAGGCAAAUAUUCGUUCAAUAUGAAGAAAUCUGUGCUUCUUGCAAUUUGGGGAGUUCUUCUGAUACUGACGAAUGCCCUAGCUGAUGGUUUUGCCAUGGAACGAUGGCUUGAAGUUUCCACUCGAUGCGCUAAAUCUCUUAGCGAAGGAGAUAGAGCACUCAUCCUGAGUACGGAACCGGACAAUGGAAGACUGAAGGAUUACUCGUUCUGUUUGUACACUGGCAUUGGAUAUUUUCACGACGGUGCCUUCGACCCGGUAUAUAUCAGGACAUUUGUAGAAGACCUUUACCCAGACAAAAGUAUUUCGGAACCUAUUUAUCAAUGGAAUGUGAAACAUAUAAAAGAAGCUAAUGCGCUCCAAGGAGAUGAUAGAGACAAAACUUACCUUUUCUGGGACCGUGGCAACGAUGAAGAAUUCCAAAAACUGACAGACCAUUUAAGCAACAUAUCACCUAUUUUCGAACAAAUCUCGCUGGAUUUGGUCGAGCUUAAUUAAUGUUGUUUCGCACUUGAUAAAUUAUCAAGCUUGUCUUUACUGUUUGUUAAUUCUCAAAAUUAAUUCCUAAUUCUGCUGCAGAAACACUUCCACUGGAUAAAGUUCUACCAAAAUAUAUUUGAGUGAAUAGUGUAACGAAA